CAAGAAUAAGGGUCCCGAAAGCCGUAAAGCCUGCCACGUAUUCGUGAAUUUGGUAUGGGAAUAGCGGUUUCGAAAUAAACACAUUUUCAGCAUAUUUUCCACAAAUUCAGUCGACUGCCUUCCGGGCUCCUGCCGCUUACGAACUUGUAAAAAAAAAAAAUGUUACUCGCGUGUUUGACUUGGUUCGCCACUUCGUUUUCCGCCUAUGCGAGCGGAGCAAAGCUUCCAGAGCCGGAGGUGAAGAUCGACGUUUUGUACAGACCGUUUCUGUGCCACCGCAAGACCAAGUUGGGGGACAUGCUCCUCGUGCACUACGAAGGGUUUCUGGAGAGCAAUGGCACCAUGUUCCAUUCCAGCCGCAUCCUUGGUGAUAAGCACCCAGUGUGGUUCACUUUGGGGAUUCGAGAGGUGAUCAAGGGAUGGGACAGGGGGCUGCAGAACAUGUGCGUUGGAGAGAAGAGAAAGCUGACCAUUCCCCCUACUCUUGGCUACGGAAAAGAAGGGAAAGGAAAAAUCCCUCCUGAGAGCACAUUGAUCUUUGACAUCGAGCUCAUGGAAAUCCGAAAUGGACCAAGGUCCCAUGAGUCAUUCCAGGAGAUGGACCUUAAUGAUGACUGGAAGCUCUCCAAGGAAGAGGUGAAGGAGUACCUAAGGAAGGAGUUUGAGAGGCAUGGCUACCCAGCCAACAGCACACACCACGAAGUGAUGGUCGAGGACAUCUUCAAGAAAGAAGAUGAAGACAAUGAUGGGUUUAUAUCCGCUAGAGAAUUUACCUACAAACACGAUGAGCUUUAGAUACUAAUAUAACUUCUGAUGGGUCUUCUGGGCCCUAGGCACAAGUCUGUUUUAGCUGUAAAUCAGGUUGCUGUUACAAUCAAGGAAGUGACAUUAUUUUUUUUAUAUUUUGUGGGUAUAAUAUCCCAAUACCCAUUGGGUUUUUAUAGGUGGGACAUUUUGUCCUGACUGAAUUAUGCAACUGAAAACAAGUUUUAUUGGAAAAAAGGACUGUAGCUCUAGAACAUGUUCCUAUUAUUAUUUUAGUAUUCAGUUUCUUGGAUUUGGUUUAAUCAGUGUUAACCAUGUUGCUGCACAAUCAAAACUUUUUAGAGGGUGGAGAAAAUGCACUAUUGAUCCCUUUGAGGAGAAAUUAUCUCCAUCAAAUAAGCAUGAGAUGGCAGUUUAAUACUGCAGUGUUCCAGUAUUGUUACUAAAUAACACCCCGAGACACAAAAAAUCAGUCCAGCUUCCACAUUCUUCAAAUACACAUUCAGCUAUAUUUGGUGAAAUUAAAAAAAUUGUAAUGAAUUUCUAAAUUUAGGGUUAAAAGUUACUUUUAAAAUGCUGACUCUUUCCUGUUUGUCUUCAUUUUCAUUAAACUCCAGAUUCCACUGUGCUUUUCUAGGCUGUAUUGGUGUCUAGUUAAAAACACAACUGCUCCUGUAUUAUUUAAAUGAAGCUUAGUCUUCACUGAGAGGGUAACACAGUAAUAAAUGUAACAAAUCUAAUGUGCAUGGAAGGCAAAAGGUGGAAACAGGCAAAGCAAUAUGCAAAUAGGGACUCUUGAUGUCAGUCUAGUCUGCAGAGGUCAGUGGUUCAUGGUCUACAGCAGUGACCCUUGGAUGGGAGAUAUCCCAUACAGAUUAAAAUCUGGUCCCAAACUCCACUGAGGACAAUUCAGGGACUCUUUAGUAUUUAUGUAACAUUACCAGUCAAUGUUAAAAGGAAAUAUUGUUUUACAUAUAGUGUCGUGAUAGAGAGAAUUAAGAGCGAUUUGACUUGGAAAAUGGGUUGUGUCAAAAAGAAACACACACACUUACUGGUGGACUGAGUUUGUAACCCUGGAUUAAAGAGUAUUGUUUUUCAAGAAUGCCGUGUACAGUAUGCGGUACAAUCAUCCUGUACUCUGUUCACACUGUACUGACGCAGACUCAUGAGUCACCUGGUUCUUCUUUCAAGAAGGUGGCUCUGACGUAGCUUUCUCUUAACUGCUCUACUGGUAACUGUAGCUUUUCACUGGAUUCCAGACCAUUUUUAUGUUUGUCAUUUGUGACUGCCUCAGUAGGUUGUCGUAAUGCGUUGCCAGAAGACUUGAGCGGGUUCGAACACAGGAAACUGCAGCGCGCAGUAAAGUUACAGUAAAGUUUCGGAGUUCCGUGGAAGAUUCCGUGCAUGACUGUGAUUUGCACUUUUCUACAGUAGGUGUCAGUAAAUCUCUUUAAAUAAUUGCAACAGUAAAUCAGUUCAGUACCGUAAUUUACAAUUUAUUUACAGUAACCUUAAAUUAAUAGGUUAUCAGUAGUGCAUGGAUUUUCCCAAUUUCCCUUAUACUGAUACGAGAGUGAAGUGCAGUUAGCAAAAUAUCAUUCAAAAAUUUCACUUUCAUGGCCAUCAAUAGAUAUGGAAUAACCUUAGUUUCAUUUAUGUGAUCUGAAGCAAUUUUAUGUACACCGUAAGAGCUGUAUCUUUCUAUAUGGAGAAAAUAUUGCAUAAAAUUUACUCGUUUAACUGACAUGUUUCUCUUUACAAUUAUUUAUCCAUUUAUAGAGCCGGAUAAUUUCACCAGACCAAUUUAGGGUAAGUACUUGCUGAAGGCUAAUACGGCCAGAGGCGGGAUUCAAACCUGCAUCUUUUGGGUUCAAAGGCAGCAGCUCUAACUACUAUACUACCAGCUGCUUAAUACAUUUAUCAUACAAUUACAUUUAAGGAGUCAGUACAGGUAGUGAUACAUGCGACACAUUAACCUCUCUGUUCAGUAAAACAAGUGCAGUUUUCACUAUUUUCACCAAAGUGUUUAUUUUCCGCAAAAGUAUUUUUUGUAAAAUUUUCCAUGCAAGAUAGCAGCUUUUAGCAAACUUAGACAUUUGUUGUGCAAUUUAUAAUAAAAGAACUACACCUGACUACCUCGUUGGGCUUAAAGUAUAAUAAACAAUCAGAAAUAUUCACUUCAUUUACAUUUUGCUCAAACUAUAUGUAUCAACAAAAAACGUGCACAAACCUCUAAUCCUUCAUAAACUCUACUUCACAUCAAGUACUAAGUACACGUAUUGCCCCAGACUUUGAAUAUAUCAUUUUUAAAGCAUCUUUUAAGAAUCAAUAAAUACCCAAUAAUUAUGACGCUUACAUAUAAAACUUUAGCAUAAACAAAAGUGAAAUUUGAAAAAGUCCCCCCCACAAA